AUGGCCUCCCGGGAGCCCCUGCACGUGAAGACCCCGGUCCGAGAUAGCAUGGCCCUGACCAACGUGGCCGGCAUCAAAGUCUACAUCAAGAUGGACAGUGCCCAGCCCUCGGGCUCCUUCAAGAUCCGGGGCAUCGGCCACCUCUGCCAGACGCGGGCUGAGAAAGGCUGCAAACACUUCGUCUGCUGCUCAGCGGGCAACGCGGGCAUGGCGGCCGCCUAUGCCGCCAGGAGGCUGGGCAUCCCCGCCACCAUCGUCGUGCCCAAGACCACGCCCAUCCUCACCAUCGAGCGGCUCAAAAAAGAGGGCGCCGAGGUCACGGUGAAGGGCGAGACGCUGGAGGAGGCCCAGGAGCUGGCCACGGCCCUGGCGAAGAACCCCGGCUGGGUCUUCAUCUCCCCCUACGACGACCCCCUCAUCUGGGAAGGCCACACGUCCAUCGUGAAGGAGCUGAAGGAGACCCUGAGCGAAAAGCCCGGGGUCAUCGUGCUGUCGGUGGGCGGCGGCGGCCUCUUGUGCGGCGUGGCCCAGGGGCUGAAGGAGGUGGGCUGGGGGGACGUGCCCAUCAUCGCCAUGGAGACCGAGGGAGCCCACAGCUUCCGCACCACCGCCUCAGCCGGCAAGCUCACGCCCCUGGACCGGAUGACCAGUGUGGCCAAGGCUCUGUGUGUGAGGACCGUGACGGGCCAAGCCCUGAAGCUGUUUCAGGAAUACCCCAUUAUCUCGGAAGUGAUCUCGGACCAGGAGGCUGUGGCCGCCCUUGAGAAGUUUGUGGACGACGAGAAGGUCCUGGUGGAGCCGGCCUGCGGGGCGGCCCUGGCCGCCGUCUACAGCGGCGUGGUCCAGAAGCUGGUACGGGAAGGGAAGCUCCGCACCCUGCCGUCCUCCCUCGUGGUCAUCGUCUGUGGGGGCAGCAACAUCAGCCUGGCCCAGCUGCAGGCCCUCAAGAAACAGCUGGGCAUGAAGGACGCGCUGCCCAAGUGA